CGGGUCCGCUGCUGCCUCUGGGCGCUGCGGCGUCAGCGAUGGAACCACGUACAAAUAUUUGUGAAAUGGGCCUCAACGAUAGGAGGUCACAACAUAGGGAAGAUUCUUAUCGCAAACCGAGGAGAAAUUGCGUGCAGAGUGAUGCGAACAGCAAAGAAAAUGGGUGUGAAGUCUGUAGCAGUCUAUAGUGAAGCAGACAGAAAUUCCAUGCAUGUAGCAAUGGCAGAUGAAGCGUAUUGCAUUGGUCCAGCACCCUCACAGCAGAGUUACUUGGCCAUGGAGAAAAUAAUGCAGGUGGCCAAGGUCUCAGCAGCACAGGCUAUUCAUCCAGGUUAUGGUUUCCUCUCAGAAAACACAGAGUUUGCAGAGUUGUGCAAGCAAGAGGGAAUCAUCUUCAUAGGUCCUCCUUCAUCUGCUAUCAGAGAUAUGGGUAUUAAGAGCACUUCCAAAGCUAUAAUGUCUGCUGCUGGCGUUCCUGUUGUUGAAGGUUAUCAUGGAGAAGAUCAAUCAGAUGAGUGUCUAAAGGAACAUGCCAAGAGAAUAGGAUAUCCAGUAAUGAUUAAAGCUGUUCGCGGAGGUGGAGGAAAGGGCAUGAGAAUUGCUCGCUCAGAAAAGGAGUUUCUGGACCAACUAGAAUCAGCUAGGAGAGAAGCAAAGAAGUCUUUCAAUGAUGAUGCAAUGCUGAUUGAGAAAUUUGUAGAUAAUCCAAGGCAUGUUGAAGUCCAAGUAUUUGGUGACCAGCAUGGAAAUGCAGUGUAUUUGUUUGAAAGAGACUGCAGUGUGCAAAGGAGACAUCAGAAGAUCAUUGAAGAGGCACCAGGGCCAGGAAUUAGUCCUGAAGUUCGAAAGAGACUUGGAGAAGCUGCUGUCAAAGCAGCUAAAGCAGUGAAUUAUGUGGGAGCAGGAACAGUGGAAUUUAUUAUGGACUCCCAACAUAAUUUUUACUUCAUGGAGAUGAAUACCAGACUGCAAGUAGAGCACCCAGUUACAGAGAUGAUCACUGGAACAGACUUGGUGGAAUGGCAGCUUAGGGUUGCAGCGGGAGAGAAGAUUCCCCUAACGCAGGAAGAGAUUCUGCUCCAGGGCCAUGCAUUUGAAGCUAGAAUAUAUGCUGAAGAUCCUAAUAAUGACUUUAUGCCAGGGGCUGGGCCAUUGUUGCACUUAUCCACCCCACCACCUGAUAGUUUCACCAGGAUAGAAACUGGAGUCAGACAAGGUGAUGAGGUUUCUGUUCAUUAUGAUCCAAUGAUUGCAAAGCUAGUUGUAUGGGCUGAGGAUCGUCAAGCAGCACUGAGAAAGUUGCGAUACAGUUUGCGUCAAUAUAAUAUUGUAGGAUUAAGCACUAAUAUUGAUUUCUUACUGAGCCUGUCAGGACACCCACAGUUUGAGGCUGGAAAUGUGCACACUAAUUUCAUUCCUCAACACCAUGAUGAACUAUUUCCAACCAAAAAGGCAACUCCACAUGAAGUUAUGUGUCAGGCAGCUCUAGGACUCAUACUGAAAGAAAAAAUGCUAACAGAUGCUUUUAGAGAUCAGUCAGAUGAUAAAUUUUCACCAUUUGCAUCCAGCACUGGUAGAAGAAUAAAUAUAUGUUAUACUAGAAACCUGUCUCUGCUGGAUGGGGAAAACAUUGUGGAUGUAGCUGUAAGUUACAAUCAAGAAGGGUCAUACAACAUGCAGAUUCAAGACAAAACGUUCCUGAUUUCUGGAGAGAUCUUCAAUGAAGGUGAUUCAGUUUACUUGAGGUCUUCAGUAAAUGGAACAGUGUGUAAGUCCAAAUUGGUCAUUUUGGACAACACCAUUUAUCUCUUCUUUCCGGAAGGCAGUGCUCAGAUUGGCCUUCCUGUACCCAAGUACUUAUCUGCAAUGAGUUCAGCGGGAAUGCAAAGUGGUGCUGUAGCGCCCAUGACAGGCACAGUUGAAAAGGUGUUUGUGAAAGCAGGGGAUAAAGUUCAGAUUGGAGACCCUCUAAUGGUUAUGAUAGCUAUGAAAAUGGAGCAUACCAUAAGGGCUCCAAAGGCAGGAGUGAUAAAAAAGGUUAAUUUCCAAGAAGGGGCCCAGGCCAAUAGACACGCUCCGCUAGUUGAAUUCAUGGAUGAAGAGGCCGAGUCAAAAUAAAACUCAAGGAAGGUGCAUUUUAUUUUUUUCUACUUUGCUGAUUUUCUCUCAGGAGAAGAUUUCUUCGCAUUUUCAGCAAACUGUUUUGUAUAAUAGAUUGGGGAAUUAGUUUCCUCUGCAAUUCCUGCAUAGUUUGACUGUAAAUUAUGCUGACUUUACUGAAAUUUGGAUAUCACUAUACUGUAAUCAUAUAUAUAACUCGUGGACCUAUGUGAUUGUUGUUCAGUGGUUAUGUUUGCCUGUGAAAAGGCAUUAGACUGGAAAAAGAUGUGUAACUAUUAAAGGAUGGGAGAGGUUAGUAAAGACUGUAAGUUACAGGCAGCUAGGGUUCUUCUGCCUACUUUUUCAUUCACAGCUGCCUUUUUUCCGUGAGAUUUGAGAGCAUUGAUUUGAAGGAAAUCUGAAAGGUGACAACUGUUUUAUGAAUUCAUUUCUCUGGCAAAAUUCCUGUUUGUGGCUUAUGUUUUUGCCUGAAUAGGGAGUUCAGGAUUGUUCCUAGCCCAGGAUCCCUCUCAGUCAUUUUUGGUGCAUCUUUUUUCCCAUUUACCUCAAUGAGUAGUGAAAAUUUGCAUUUCAAAAAUUAUUUCAAUAUACUUUGAAAUAUCUGAUACAAAGCAUUUUUCAAAUACAUAUUAGCAUUUGCUACACUAAUCAAAGUUGGAAUGUAACUGCUUUCCAAAAAUAUCAUUUGAUCUUUAAACAUGAAGUAGUAGCACAGAAAGAUGAUAAGCUUAUUUAAUACUUAAAAAGAGUGCCAAAAUAAAAUACUGACUUCAAAAUCCUCAUUCCCAUAUUGUUCAUGUUCUAGUGUAUUACUUAGUGGCUGGAAUGAAGUAUACCAAAGUCUUUAUAACAACAUGAAAUACUACUAAGAAUAAUAGUUAGAUUUUUUUUUUUUUUUUGGUAUCUGCAGUGUUGCAGAAGGGAAAAUUGGUAGAUUUUUUGGUAUGCAAAGAAAAUAUUUCUCAGACGCAGCAUACUGAUCAUUUGCCAUAAAUUUAUUUUAACUUGUUUAAAAAGCACCUCAGAGAAACAGGAAAAGGGAAAGAAAAAAUACAUUUUCAUUGUUGCAAACUUGCAAAAUCUUCUCACCGUUUACUUAGGGUGAAGUUCUGCUUGUCAUUUGAACUUUUGAUAUACUAAUUUAAGAUGAUAGUAUGGUUUACACUGCAGAAAGGAACAAACACAGAUGCUGCAGUGAUCCCAAACUUGUAGUUACAUAUCUGCAAAUGGAUCCUUAUACUUACCUGAAAUCUCAUUUCUGAAUCAAUAUACAACGUCAUGGGGAAUUCUCUGAUCUGAUUCUAUAACUGUGCAGCCUUGCCUGCAAUGCAGACAAAAAUUGUAAAAAAAGUAAUGGCUCUGGAUGGUCUGUAUAUUAAAAGCAUACAGUAAUACUUCUCAAUUUUCCUUGUAAUCCCAUGGCCACCUAACAAAAAAAUUACACUCCAGUGAUCAUCUUGUAGAAUAUUGCCACAGUGAUUUUUUAUUUACUGCCAAAUAAAAAUUAAGCUUAA